UUGCUGGUCACCACCGUGGUGGCCACCUUCUUCAUCCAGCGCUACAAGAUCACCUACAUACCUCCCAGCGCCGCUGCAAUGACGCUUGGGAUGGUCUAUGGGGGCAUUGCCAAACUGGCAGGCCUGACUGCCACGCUGCGAUUCUCGCCAGCAGCGUUUUUCUAUGGCCUGCUGCCGCCGAUAGUGUUUGCAGCCGGCUUCACACUGAAGAAGCGAGAGUUCUUCCGCAACUUUGGCACGAUCACGCUGUUUGCAGUCGUGGGAACGCUUAUCUCGACCAUCCUGUUUGGGCUGGCCACGUACCUGCUCAUGCUCAUGCAUGUGGUCAAGCGAAGCCACCUGGGCACCGCGCCCCUCGUGGAGUGCAUGCUGUAUGGCGCACUGAUCUCUGCCACGGAUCCUGUGGCCACUCUCAGUGUCUUCGCUGAGCUGGACGUGCCUCCGCUGCUGUACAACAUAGUUUUUGGAGAGAGCGUCCUCAAUGACGCGGUGGCCAUCGUCUUAUUCAGGACGCUUGAGGAAUUCUAUGAUGCGCCGCUGAAGCUGACAACACUGCCGCUCAUCAUCUGGCGCUUUGGCACCAUCGGCAUCGGCUCGCUCCUUGUUGGCAUUCUGGUGGCGCUGCCGUGCGCGUUUUUGCUGAAGCGGUUCCAGGUGGCGCCGGGGGAGGCAGAGGGGCGGCAGCAUAACCUCGCAUUCAGCGGCACCGUCUAUGAGAUCGCUCUCGUUGUUAUGAGCGCCUACAUGGCCUACCUUGUCGCCGAGGUGCUGCAGCUGUCGGGCAUAGUGGCGCUGUUCUUCUCGGGGGUAUUUCACGCGCACUACAGCUACUACAGCGUGGCGCCCGACGCGCAGAUCACGCUGCGGCGCUUCUUCCAGUUUGCGGCGUUCCUGUCCGAGACCUUCGUCUUCGCCUACCUGGGCCUGCAGGUGGCGACGCUGGGAUCGAUGACGUGGGAUUGGGGCCUGCUGCUGACGGGGCUGCCCCUCUGCCUCGCCACGCGCGCAGCAAACAUCUUCCCCCUGUCACGAUUAGCCAACCUGCGCCGCAAACUCCCCCUGCCCCUCAACCUGCAGGCGAGCUGCACACCCUCUUGGAUGGUGUGGGCGGUGGGACUGCGUGGCGCGGUCGCGUACGGCCUCGCGCUGAACCUCCCGCAGAUCGAGGGCGAGUCGGACGAGGGCAUACCCGCCAUUGAGUCAGCCACGCUUGUGAUUGUCAUGGCCUCCACUCUCUUCCUGGGCGCCGCCACCGGGCCGCUGCUGCGCGUGUUCGACCUGCAGGCGAGCAUUCUGGAAGCUUCUUCGUUAAGUUUUGCAGUCUGCAUUUUUUGGGCUUUCCUCAUCCUUGCAGGGGCGAUCAUGGGAGCGCAGUGGGUGCCACUGCAGCGCUGUUGGCCAUGGACUUUCUCUUUAGGCAUCGCGUCCUGGUCCCAAUUCCCAGGAAGCUGGCAGCAAAAAUUCUGCAUUUCACUAAAAGGAUUGCAUUGA